UGCCCCUCCUUCCGCCCGCGGCCCGGAAGCUGGCGAUGGCGCGGAAUGUGCUGUACCCUCUGUACCAGCUGGGCAACCCCCAGCUCCGUGUCUUCCGAACAAACUUCUUCAUUCGGCUGGUGCGGCCCGGCUCGGUCCAGCCUGAGGACACUGUGCAGUUCCGGAUCCCCAUGGAGAUGACCAGGGUGGACCUCAGGAAUUACCUCGAGCGCAUCUACAACGUGCCUGUGGCCGCCGUGCGGACAAGGGUGCAGCACGGUUCCAACAGGAAGAGGGAUUACAGAAACGUCAGGAUGAAGAAACCAGACUACAAGGUGGCCUAUGUGCAGCUGGCCCACGGACAGACCUUCACGUUCCCCGAUCUGUUUCCUGAGAAAAAGCACAGCAGCCCCGGUGACAACGACAUCCAGGACAAGCUCCUGGAGGAGCAGAGGCAGAGGCAGAGCCGGGACCCCCGGCGCGGUGGCGUGCCCGACUGGUUCGGCCUGUGACGGCCCCAAUAAAGUCCUGUGUGUGGAA